ACAAUUCCUUCACCCAUUGCAGCCAAAACACUUUUCUUGAAUGCCUGUUUGAAAUAGAUUACCGUUUCAAGUGCUGUGUCAUUGAAAUAGAAAUUAAUGCAGUAUUUUCUAAAGAUGAAAAUAGUUUCUACAAACAAAUUUGAACUAUAGAAGAGUUUUAUUUCUUGUGAUCAGCCACAACAGUGGUCAAUAAAAGGUUCAAGGUUCACAAGGUAUCACUAAAGCGGUCGUAUACGUCAACAUGGCGGAUGAACUUGAACUUUCAGAUGCGUCGGAAGCGCUACUUUCCUUCAAAAACGGCGGCAUGAAAUUUGGUGUGGAAGAAAACAAUGAAACUGGAAAUAUAAGCCUAAAAAUGGAAGUCGAUGAAGAGGAAGAAGAAGAACAAUCCAAGCCAGAUCCUGAACAGCCAGUUCUCAAUAGACGAGGAAUGCCUCAGCGAAUCAGAAAAAAGAAUCGGCUGUUUUUCGACGAUGACGUCAUCAAUCCUUUUAUGACAAAACCGCGCGUCAAGAACUAUCAGACAAAAACGCCGACCAAGUCGCCGAAAACGCCGCGUUCCACCCCAGCCACGCCCAAGACACCCAAAACGCCUGCCGUCGAAAUUAAGAGAGAAAGUCCUGACAGGAGGCUCGGUCAAAAGAUAGGAAUGCGCCUUAGAAAUUUGCUGAAGCUGCCCAAAGCACAUAAAUGGGUAUGCUAUGAAUGGUUCUUCAGUAACAUUGACAAAACACUAUUCGGAGGCGACAACGAUUUUACGAUCUGCUUGAAAGAGACGUUUCCUGAGCUAAAGACACGUACUUUGUCGCGGGUAGAAUGGUGUCGAAUGCGACGUAUGAUGGGCAAACCCAGGAGGUGUUCACAGGCAUUCUUCGACGAAGAACGGAAAGAGCUUGAGCGGAAACGAACGAAAAUUCGGCUGUUGCAGCAGCGGAAAAGCAACGAUCUUGCUGGCUGCAAGGAGCUACCCGACGAGAUACCGCUGCAGCUCGUUAUUGGCUCCAAGGUCACGGCAAGGCUACGCAAACCACAGGAUGGCAUUUUCACUGGCUGCAUAGACGCGGUAGACACGUCGAACAACACGUAUCGAGUCACCUUUGAGCGACAGGGGCUUGGUACACACUCCGUGCCUGAUUUCGAAGUGCUGUCCAACGAUCCUCCGGAAACGAUAUCGAUAGCGUCGUACGUGGCGAUGUUCCGUCCGCGUCCGUCGAGCGGCGUGGCGGGGGGAUUGACAGCGCUGGGUGGCGGUGCGGGGGGUCUGGGGGGCAGCGCCUUGAAGCCAGUCUACCCCAAGCUGACGCUGAACGACGCCAGCAGUCUCACUUCGGCCGCCCAUGCUGGCACGGGAGGCCAGCGGCAGAUGACGCUCUAUCCGAUCGGCGAGGAUCACAAGAUUGGGGACUACCCGGUCAAGAUACUCGAGAAAAUUGUGAGACUAAACAACAUCCUGAACAUCAAGCGGAUCCGAGUGGACCAGCUGCGGGAGAUGAACGACACGUACGAGCGUAAAACCUCGUUCAACGAGCCGAUCCCGAGUGACUUUCAGAAGCAGUAUGCUCAGCUCGUCAUUGAACUUGAGUUCAUCAAUGACAAUCUCAAAACUAUGCUCAACGAUGUACAGCUAUAUUGCCAAGAGAUCAAUCCUGAAAUGGACGUGGUGUCGAUUCUGACACCGGUGCACCUGAAGGAGCGCAGCCUGAUAGAUGCGCGGGAGAUGGUGUCCCGCUACCACACCGAGCUGGCACCACCCAACUCCAAGGACGCCACCAUCAUAGACCUCAUCACCGACCUCACAGCGCUAAUGCUGCAAGUCAAGAGCUUGUCGGAGUCGGAGCGGUGCGCAUACGAGGUGGAGGUGUUGACACGAUCAAUGGACGAGAUCAGAGGCAAGCUGUCGGCUGCCAACCGGAUGGUGUUCGAGAACUGUGUCGGAGUGCACAUGCGACACAUUCAGGCAGGCCUCACCGCCAACUACCUCAAGGCGGCCAAGGUAUAACGGCCUGGUUUGUCGGUUUACUUGGGCGUUGGAUUUUUGAGUUGGAAUUGAUCUCAUCAACAUAACACUUCAAGUGACCUGGGUGUAAUGCAUUAGGGGAGGGAGAUUUUCUUUUUCUAAUCUGUUGACAUAGUUUAUAAUAUAUACAACACACAUUGCUUGCUAUAUAUACAAAUGUUUUGUAUAAGAUAUUAUGAUGUUCUGUUUGUGAAUUCUAAAAUAAUAACUUGGUGAAAAUACUAUUUAUAUAUAGUGAUUUGUACAAUUUGUAAGUACUGUGUAUUAUAAAAUUGUACAUAAAAAGUAUUCUCUAAUUUUUAUCUUUGUACAAGUGGCUGCAAUAACUGCCGAUGAAUGGUAAUGUAUGAUAAUAAUAAAUUAAUAUAUUUAAUUUUGUGUUGAAAACUUUGAAAUGGAUUCUAUAAUAAACCUAUUUUACAGUA